UGCAUGAUGAAACCAUGUCAUUCCCACUAGGUCCGUCAGUGUUGCGCGUUGAGCUUUGCUAGUCUGCGCUAAGAGCGACGCCAAGGAGUCAAGCUUUUGCUAGCGAGAGCUCGGCGAAAUCCUGAAAGCACGGCGGACAUCCGAAAAUGACCGCUGCAUAAUUCAACCCACAACCUUUUCUCUCAACUUGAAGCUUGAAGCAAAAUGGCAGCACGACUAAAACGUUCAGGAGUCAGUAGCAGCAGUAUGAUCGCACCCCUUCUCCCCUUCCUCCUCCUCCUCCUCAUCCUUCCACGGUGUCCACGCGGCGCCAUCGCCGCGGUUGGCGGCGCCCGACCCUCGAUCGUCGAUGCUCUUCUCGCCGCCACUCGCCCGUUGCGCCGCGCCGCCGGCGGCGGCGGCGGAGUUUCCGCCCGGCGGGCGCUUCAAUCCGCGGAUUGCACGGGGGAUUCCCAGCCCUGCCCCUCCGGCAUUGGCGGGUGCGUCGACAACGCGCGGAUCUGCGACGGCGUCAGCGACUGUCGCGACGGCAGCGACGAAGACUACAACCUGUGUAACCCGACGUCAGACGGCAGCUCGGAUCUAUGGCAGGAGUGCUACGAGGAGCAGGGGAAUUUUUACUGCCCCAGCGGCGGCGGGUGCAUGCACGAGUCGCAGGUGUGCGACGGGAAGCCGGACUGCGCGGACGGCAGCGACGAGUCGUUCGAGUUCUGCCGCAAUUUCGACUGCGAAAUCGUGAAGAAGACCUUCUGCCCCACGCUGACGGGCUGCAUGCCCCCCGGCGGCGAGUGCAACGGCGUGGUCGACUGCGCGGACGGCAGCGACGAGGGCCGGGUGUGCCGCGCCGGGUAUCAAGACGACACAAACUACUGCGGGGAUCAGGGUCUGGAGCAGUGCCCCAACGACCGAUACGCGUGCUUGGUCCAGCAGGACUACUGCGAUGGCAUUCCCAACUGCCAUGAUGGGUACGAUGAGGCCAACUGCCAGAACCACGUGUGCACGUGGGGCAUGAUCCAGUGCCCCAAGACUUUCUACUGCGUGUGGGGCACGCUCUGUGACGGCGUGCAGGACUGCUAUGCGAAGGGCGAGGCGGAGGACGAGGAUAAGGCGUUCUGUAAGGCGUACACUUGCCCAGAUGGGUUCAAGAAGUGCGCGGACGGGCUGCAGUGCGUGGCCGAGGGGCUGUUCUGCGAUGGGACGGUGAAUUGUAACGAUGGGAGUGACGAAGGGGCGGCGUGCGCUGUGGACUCCACCCCUCCUGGUGGCGGCAGCGCCAACCCCCCUGCUCCUCCUCCUCCCCCUGACACUGGGUCCGGCUCAUCCUCUGGAUCAUCUGGGUCAACCGGGUCAACUGGGUCAACUGGUUCAUCUGAAACAUCCGGAGGCCCUAUUGUGCUGACUCCACAGGAGGUGGCCAGGCAAAAGAAGGAAGCAGCAUCAAAACGGGCGGCUGCUCUUGCUGCUAAGAAGCAGAUGGUUGCAGCCAAGAAGGCCGCAGUGGAGGAAAGGAGGAAGAAGAGGGAGGCGAAAGCGGCGGCGAUUGCUGAGAAGAAGCGGAAGCAGCAAGAGAAAGCGGCGGCGAUUGCGGAGAAGAAGAGGCUGCAAGCUGCGAAGGCUGCUGCUAUUGCUGAGAAGAAGAGGAAGCAGGAAGAGAAGGCUGCUGCCAUUGCUGAGAAGAAAAGGAAGGAGGAGGAAAGGGCUGCUGCAAUCGCAGCUAAGAAGAAGAAGCAGGAGGAGAAGGCGGCUGCAAUCGAGGCUAAGAAGAAGAAGCAGGCUGAGAAGGUGGCUGCGAUCGAGGCCAAGAAUAAGCGAGAGGCCGCAAGGGCAGGAGGUGUGACCAAAUAGGGAGGAACAGCUACAAACACAGAUAGGAAUCUUUUGUACCGUACCAGAGCCCUAGGAUAUUCACAAUGCUAAGUCCUUGUAACUGAGUGCUUGAUAGCACAGCGGAAGUCUUGAGUUGAACCCUUGUACUCGUAUAUGAGGACAAGUGAUUGAUUAUAACAAAGAGAUACAAGGUUU